CGGCAGCGCGACACAAAUCGGUGCAUUGCGUAGCUUGCUGGCGGGGUUACACUGCCGCAGACGUUCGUAUCUAUACUGCACAGCGCCAGCCCUCAGAUAAAAGCAGUCCUAGAGGGCGGCCUCGGCAGUGCAGGCCCAAAACAGCCCCACAUAAAAUUCAGUAUUUUUGCCGGCGCGAAGGAUGUCUUUCUUCCAAGAUUUAAAAAAUGCGGCCAAGGACCUGUCCGAGCACGGCCUGAACCUGGAUAACCUCCAGGAAGAGGUCGGGUGCGAGAAGCGCGAACCCUUACCGGCGCUGCCGCCGACGCGGAGCGAGACUCAAACGGUGACGCCCGCCGCCGUUGAUGACACGCCGGAACCAGUCGAGGACGAGGGACCGGGCCUCAUCGAGAACGUCGCCGCGCUCGGCGAAAGCGUCGGCGAGAAGACGGAAUUGAUGCGUCAAAAGUCCGAGGCCCUGCUGUCGAGCUCGCGCGACUUCUUCGUGGCCGCCGGCGAGCGCAUCAAGAAGGACGCGCAGACCGUAGGUGGCAGUUUGGGGCUCGCGCCGGCGGAAGAGGAGGCUAAUGAAGCUCUCGCGGAAGCGGCGACGCCGGCAGAAGCGCCGGCCGCAGCCCCGGAAGCGCCCAAGGAAGCGCCUGCGCCGCCGCCGCCGCCCGCCUCGUCGCCGCGAACUUUGGCAACAGGCGACCGCGCGCGUUUUAGGCUGCCCGACAAGUCCGUGCACCGGGGAAUUGUGACUUCUGUGAAUGGAGACGGCACGUACUCCGUGACCGAGGACGGCACGGGCGCCGUCCAUCGGUUGCCUGACAACAAGGUCAAGAAGGACGAUGGCACCCCGCCCGCGCCGAAGCCCAAGGCAAAACCGAAGCCGGCGCCCUCACUGAAGGCGCCGCCGCCAACACCACCCAAGCCCAAACCCAAGCCGAAGGCACCAAAGCCGCCGCCCUCGCCGCCGCGCAGUUCGCUCACGGCGAUGCUCCGCGGCACGACGGUCACACGAGGUACUCAACAACAAGAAAGGGCCUGGGAAGGUGAAGCGGCCGCGCGGGCCGCCGACGCCGCUCGUUUAGAAGCGGAGGUCCUGACGUUGAGGCGGGACAAGGCUCGAAGUGAUGCGGAGCUGGAAAGGCACCGCGUCGCGCGCGCGGACGCUCAACAAGCUGCCAGGGCGGCGCAGAACGAGCGCGACGCGUGUGCCGCCGAGCUCGAGGCCGUGGCUUUGCGAGAAGUCGAUAGUCUGCAGGCCGAGGUCGCGUCGCUGCGGCGCGAGAAGCGAAGGGCGGAGCAGCUCCGGAGCGAGCUCGAAGCCGCGCGCAACGAGAUCGAGACUCUCAAGGCGUCCUCCUCAAAUAACACGAGGGCGACGGAAGAAUUGAGAGCGGCCAAGCUCAGCUUAGAUGCCGCUAGACGAGCGGCGGCCGCGUCGGCCAGAGCACAGAGGGCAAGGGUGGAUGCCCGAGAACGGCAGCACCGCGACGACCAACGAGAGUGUUCGGAGCUGCGGGAGCGCGUCGCGGCUUCUGAAAGACGCGCGGCCCAAGCUGAAAGAAUGGCGCGGACGAAUGCAGAUGAGGCGCAAGACAGACUAAGGAUCGCGCGGGACCUCGACGCGAAGGAUCGCGACGCCGCGGAGCUGCGAGGUUUAUUACGAAGUGCGGUACGGGACAAGAAGCUGCUUGAAGCUAGGGUGGCGGAGUUGCGGUCGUCGGCGGGACGGCUGGAGAAGCAAGUGGGCGACCGGGACGGGGAAUUGCUCGCGGCGCGGCGGGCGACGCGGGAGGCGCGCGAGGCCUUCGUGGAGACCAACGGAAGAAACGGCAAGGAGAAGGGCGCCGUCGAGUACCUUAAAUCAGUCGUGAGGACGGCCUUGCCACCGAGAGGCGGCGCGCCGGACGCGGCGACGGUGCGAAGGUUGUUGCCUGUUUUACGUUCUUUACUACACCUGCCGCACGAGCAGGUCGAGUCGAACAUCGAGGCGCUGGGCAGCACUGGCAGUGGAGGCGAGUUCGCCGCCGCGCUCCUGGAAGCGGCCGCGGAAAACGCCGGCGGCGUCGUGAGCCCGGCGACGGCCGCGGAGCUGCAGCGGCGGGCCGACGAAUUGGCGGCGGCGCGGCAGUUGGUUAAAGCACUGGAGGACGACGCGGAAGAGUUAAGGGACGAGCUGCGGCGAUGCAACGACGAGUCAUCUGCGCGGGCGCAGCGGGACCGGGAAGCGCUGACAAGUGUCGAGGCGCGGCUGCAGGCUUUGGUGGAGGCCGUGCGGCGGCGCUCCGAGGGUCUCGGGCUGCUGCGCGCCGUCGCGUCCGAGGCGCACAAGCUCGCGACGGACGCGGCGGCGCAGCAAGACGAGCUGCGGCGGGACGCGGUGUUGAGGCAGGCGGCCGUCGACGCCGGGUUGGACGGCGAGCAGCUCGAGUACCUGCGGACGACGAUCGUGUGCUUCCUGUCGACGCCCAACGCGCAGCUCAAGCGCCAGCUGCUCCCCGUGCUGCAGCAGGUCCUCAAGCUGCCGCCGGGCGACGAGCGCGCGGCGACGCUCGCGGCGCUAGAUCUCUCUUAGGAACUUUCCUUAGG